GUUCCUCUAAAUUGAAAUCCACAUGGAUUUCACAAUCGUGAGCUCAAACAGCAAAUGGAUUUCCAAAGAGCUUAUAAUUAGCUUCUUUUAAAGGGGAGUGUUGCUUCCGGGAGUAACUUGACACUGGGAAUUUUUUUUUUAUUUGACUCGGUCCUUAUAACCGUCAAAUUAAAUUCACUCCUCAUGCAGGCUCUGUAACAAGCAGUCAGACUUUCUCAUGGAAGUAUUUUUUUUAUUCAUCCUAGGGAAAUAUGCUUUAUUGAUAUUAUUCUGACACUGAACAAACUGAUUAUUUCCACAGGUAUCAAGUGUAAUUAGUGGAUGUCUUUUCUAUGAGGAAAUCCACAAGGACUCCAUAAGGAAGAUUACCUCAAAGGAAUAACAACAAUUGACCACAAACAGUCAUUAUAAAAAGGGGAUUAUGAUGAUUACAUGGUUGUUACUAGUCUCACUUUUCAGCAAGAGCACACAAGAUGGGAACGACCAAGAAAAUGGUAACUCCCUUUGUGGACCUCAGAAUCUGACACUUACCAGCUCUGACCAGAUGAUCCUGAUAACAUGGCAAGAUGAGCCGUCAUGCUCUGCAGUACAGGAUGUGCUGAUCUAUGAGCUGAUGGUUCUCAUAGCCGACAAAAAAGAACAUUAUGAGGAAGUUGCUGUGAUGCCUGACCAGAUAGGAUCUACUCACUCCUGGAACUGGACGUCCUAUUUGGCGUUGGAGUGCGCUUCCCAUUCGGUCAGGCUCCGUUCCCGACACAAAAACCAUAAAAGCCCAUGGAAACAAGAACAAACUCUUCCUGGGAUGGAAACCUCAGAAAGACCAGAGGUUUUUCCAAAGGAGAAAGCGUUCAUGAUUGGCAGUAGAGUCACCUUCUGCUGCGUUCUGCCUGCGGGGAAAGUUUUUAAAGAAAUGUAUCUGUCUGAGUAUAGUAGAGCUAAUAUGAACACUACCACGAUCAGCAAUCAGACACAUGCCUUGACCGUCCUCCUGAACCAGUUACCAAAAAUUAGUUCCAUUAAUGUAUUUUGUGAAACAGAAGACAACCAUAAUGGGGCUAAUGUUUAUGUUGGCUACCCACCUGAUUACAGCAACCUUACGUGUGAAACUCGAGAUCUGGAAUCAGUCGAAUGUUACUGGACAGAAGGAAGGAAAACGAGGUGGAACUUCAUAAGUUAUCAGCUGCUUGAAAGCUUUUUGUAUUUCAGUCCAUGUGCAAAGAUGGGGAAUUUGAGAUGCUCUCAAGAAGUGCGAGUAGAAGUUGGUGAGAAAAGCUGGACUUUCACAGCAAAGAAUGCGUAUGGGAAGGUGGAGCUUUCAGACACUGCAGACCUGAUUAAAAGAGUGCACAUGCUCCCUCCAAACGAAGUCACAGCUUCAACUGUGAAUGCCAGAAAUGUCAGCCUGGAGUGGCGGUGGACGGUGCCAAAGUACAAUAAUCUCAGUAUAACAUGCCAAGUAAACAUUAACGGGGAUAAAAAUACCAGAGAGAGAACACAAGAAAGCUUUGGCGUCGGUCUUAAGUUUGUAGUUUUGAAUGACCUGAUACCGAAUUGGAAAUAUAUUGUGAAAGUACGAUGUGGAACAACGCAAAAUUUCUGGAAGUGGGGUGACUGGAGCACAACUGUCAACUUGCACACAAAGGGUGAUGUUCCAGAUGCUCUUGAUGUGUGGAUGCAGAUGAAGGACAAAAAGAUUAUAACCAUCUGGAAAGUGCCUCUGGACAACCAGAGUCAUGGACACAUCGAAGACUAUGAAGUGACCUGGACAACGACCACAGAGGUAGAACGACAAAAUAGAACCAAAGUGGCUCCCAACAACCACAGUCAUGCUCUCAGUCUGGACCCCACUGAAGAGUAUAUCAUCACAGUUACAGCCAGGAAUAUAAACGGCAGCUCACCCCCAUCAAACAUCACCAUCCCCAGCCUCAAUCCAGAGUCUUCAUUUUCAGACAGAACCAGAGUGAACACUUCUUGGAUCAUUGGCAGCAACGAUGGCUUCAACCUGUCCUGGUCUUCGAGCCCUACAGCCAGCUGUGGCUACAUCGUGGACUGGUGUCCAACCGGGCAGUGCAUUGUGGAGUGGCUGAAAGUGCCUCCCAAUGAGACUAAAGCCAAUAUAUUUUCAGAAACCUUCAAAAACGGACUGAGAUACUCGUUGUCCAUAUAUGCCUGCACCCAAGGAGCUCCAGUGCUACUAGAAAUAAGAGAGGGCUAUGUCAGGGAGGAAAGAAUACAAGACGGCCUGUUUAAAUCAUUGAAGGGGAAACAGCAGGAUUCAGAUUAUGAGGUAUCCUGGGACAAAAUAUCUUUACGAGAGCAGACUGCUUUCAUCCAAGGAUAUGUCCUGUAUUGUUUGGACAACAACAACAACAACAAUAUUGUCAAUUUCAGCACAGAUAAUCCUGAGGCCACCAGUCUGACAGCGAGAAAACUUUCAAUCAGUUCCUACACAUUCACAGUGAAGGCAAAGACAGCAGUUGGAGAAUGUGGCACUCAAUCCUUUACUGCCACCUUGAAUACACCGACUGAUAACUUGAUCAGUCCAGUCAUCAUUUCCCUGGUCACUGUUUUUGUUCUCCUUAUCCUCAUCGUCUUCCUUCUCUACAGACACUGGACAUGUAUCAAACAGAAGGUCUAUCCUCCGAUCCCGAAGCCGGUGUUGACAUCAACGGGUGAACAUUUAUUUCGUCCUCUUCUCGUGGACCAGUGUUACCACAGUGAAGCAGAUAUCGUGGAUGUUCCGGAGCUGCAUCAUAGUACAGGAGCACCAAUGAAUGGUUUUGCUUGCCAGGAGGACACGCCAUCUCAGUCAGGGUUGCCAUCUUCUCCAUCCAGAAGUAUAAUUCCCAACCCAUCAUACAACCUGAUAAUGAAGCACUGGGAUCAGCAAUUCAACUCAUAUCCUGAGCUUCAGGAGGGAACAUCUUUAGAAAGAAGCACCGAUGAAUACCAGCCUCAGGAUACCAUAGAAACCUUCACUAUAAACCAGACAGAAGGGGAUCGAGAUAGUCCAAUGUCCUGUGUUUCCUCUUACAUUUUGCUACCAAAGUCAUCUUCCAGAUAGCUGCUGCAUGCCCAGCCUGUGUGGUAUGUUGUAAGUAGGGUUGCCAGAAAACAGAUUUGUUGUACACAUUUACGCAUUACAAUGUUAAGCAUAGUUUUAGUCAUGCUAGUGCCAUGGCUCUAGGGAUCUAGUUUAUCGGCACCGUGAGGUAGAUGCUUAUGUCAAACAACUAUUUUAUGGAUUGCCAUGUAAUUUGUUACAGAUAUUCAUGAUCCCAGAGGAUGAGUUGGAACAAUUUUGAUCCCCUAACUUUUCAUCCAGCACCAUUAUCGGGUCACAAUUUAAAUUUUUCCAAUACUUUGGUUUAUGACCAAAUACGUCCAAAACGCAUGACAUUCCCGUCUGUCUCAGCUGUACUUUGUGUUUAGUGCUAAUUAGCAAAUGUUUGCAUGACCAUUGCACGUGAAACACUGCCUCAUAGAGCUGCUUGUUAUAUCCAGAAAUCAGUGCUAGAUUAAUUAACUUGCUUCAGAUUAUUGAAGACAUUUCACUGCUCAUCCAAAAGGGUUCUUCCGUGCUGACUGACUGCUGGGGAGUCCCAGGCAUUUAACCUCUGUUGGGUCGUUUAAGGGGCCAGUAUACUCCAUCAGAAGUGCUUGUCGGAUCAUACUUGACACCACUAUUUCUGUCACUUUUCAUGUGAACAGACGAGUGCAAAACUAUGAAUCUCUAUGUACUCCUGUCUCUUUCUCCAAGAUGGGGGCAUGCCGUCCGCCAUUUACUGUAUAGGUAAUACACUGACUAUGGAUAAGUACCUCAUACAACCCCACUUAAAAACACCUGAACUAUCCCUUUAACAUCUUCAAGAAUGUAAAGCAAGUUCAGUUGCCCCGUGUUGUAUACCAUGACCUGGAUGGCUGAGAAUCUUCACAGAUGUACUGUUAGAAUGAUCUAUGAUAAAGUUACAUACACUGGGAGUUAUAUUGUUGUCACAGUGGCUUGUGUCCAGAGGUCCUCUGACUUUUUGUUUCAACUGAAUUUGAGUUUAAAGGCGCUAAAUCAGUAUCCAGAGCAUUAAUAUAGCAACAACCAACUAUUUGCCAUUAGAGUUGGGCCGGUGUAAAAAUUUUCAAACCGGUUUGAUCUUGAGAAAAUAGCAAGAGUACACUAGAUUUUUAAAAAUGCUCCAGCAUAAAAACCAUGUAUAUAUACAGUAUAUACUGUAUAUAUGAUAUAUAUAUGAAUUUGUGAAUUCAGAUAUCUCGACAACUGGAAGCAGAUUUGAACCAGAGUGCAUUUCAUCGGUGUGACCAUGAGUUAGCCGCAACUUGUGUGUGUUUUUCCCCCGUGAGUAAAACGGUAUUUCCUCUGUGUAAAACUUGAUACGAAC